AUGUCACUUCCUGAUCUGGGGCCAAUUUGAAAAUGAAACCCACUCUGGCGGCACACUUCCUACGCAGCAUUGCUGCAUCUUCCUGACCCUGCAAAUAGUUACGAAAUAGCCUGUGGCCCGACGGGCACGUCUGGAAAGAGGGUGAAAGUCCAGCGCCCCCAGCAGUGGCCAGGACGAGGGUCAAGUUUGUGAACAGCCACCAGCAGAUCAGCUUCCCGUUCCUGCGCAGGAGCUGCGGCUCUUGCUCUCAUUCCGACAGCUCGAGCUCCGCUCCCAGGUCUUCAAACCACACGCACGUUUCCUACCCGUCAGGGGCUACAGUGCCGCCGCUCUUGAUGGACUCGUUUGGGAUGGGCGGGUCCCUUCCUCGGCUUUUCAAACCAAGCAAGAUGAAAUUUUACAAAUUCAGGAGCGCCCCACGUGAGGGGUGGGGUCCGAGUUCUCCGAGUCUGCAACCCACAGAGUCAAAGCCACUUUGGACAUUAGCCAUCCUGCUCACCCGCCAGCGUGCGGAUGACGUCCGUUCGCACCGAGUCUCCUUUACUCCCGCCCCGGGGCUCGUCCUUUGUCUCCGAAGGAAGUGGAACUAACCCACCCAGGUCGGCUGCGUCAAGCAUGUCUGCUCUUUAACCUCUGCCUGUCAGUGACAGCUGUGCGCACCACACUCGGACACACGGUCUGCACGGGUCCUGCUUCUCUUCAGCGUCCGCGUGUUCAGUGUCCUGCUCCUGCGUGAGCUGGAGGGAAGACACACUCUCACUGCGGGCGUCGUGCUCGGGGUCUGUCCUUUAACGCAGACUUCAGCUGUGCCGAGGCCCCGUAGACACUAGCCCCAGAGGGGACUGGACUGGACUGGACAGUGACUGCAGACGGCAGCCUGCUUGGGCACAUCAGCAUCUCGGCACAGGACGCGGGGAUGUGGCUUACCUCCCACCGCCCCUUCCUGACGGGUGCACCCUGCAGGGGCGCGGAGAUGCCCAGGCCGAGCCUCCCCCGGGAGGGCCGUGCCGUCAUCGCACACAUCUGCAGAUGGACAGGGUGAGUCCGCGCAACAGAUGGGAGGGGUCUCGAAGGGCAGGUUUGGAAGACACUGCGCGGGGGGCUGCCCUCCUCCCGCCUGUGUCCGCCGGACCCCUGCAUGCCCACGAGGGUGGCCGCUGCAGCCUGGCUGUGCCCCGCUGGGUCUGCCUCCUGCCCGUGGGCCACUGUGCACCUGCCGCCCACCUGCCUCUGCCACCCCGCACUUUCGGGCUCAGGCUCCACCCACUGGGGGGGCGUCCCCCCCCACACCCACAAGCCUUGCGGCCCAGGGUGACCCCAGUGUCUCUGGACCACGCGUCCUUCCCCAUUCCUUCCCGAAGAUGCUCAUCCUGGCUUCCUGUGGCCCUGCUGUUGGUUUCGUCCAACCCGGAGUCCAGGGGAGAUCGGACCCAGUUUGGAAAUGACGCAAGACCCUCCCCUUCAGCGGCAGGAGGGUCCCGCUCCCUGGGCGUGUUCUCAGGGCUCGUGAUCCCAUCUGCGUGCCGGGUCCUUCGCUCGGAGAGGAGGCUGGGUUCUCCGUGUCCGUGUGCCUUGUCAGCCCCUCAGCCCCUCCGUGGGUAUGAGGCCAACAAACAAACAAACAAACAAACUCAAAACACCCAAAUCCCCAAAGCCAGAAAACCCAACACUGUUUUUCUUGGGACCCGGGCGGCACUGCCUUCUCAUCCCCUCGGCGACCCCUUACGUUGGUCUGUUUGUGCCGAGUCUUCAGCUGUACUUAGGGAAAUGUUGAGGAACGCAGCCUGUUCCUUUUCCCCAAACGCAAGUCCGGGGGUUUCCUUGAAGAGCUCCCACGUCUCCUGGAAGUCUCUGGUCUCUGGAGUUUGGACCUUUCUGCCCGAGAAGACUGCGCUUGUGUGGCCCUCCACGUCCCUCCCACAGCUGCGUCCCGGCAAGCGAAUUCCGCGCCCGUGCGGGUUCCUGGUGUGUUUGAAGCUUACAUUAACUCACCGUGAUUUUGGCUUAAUUGACUCACCUUUUGCCAUUUAAGAGAGACACUUCCCAGACUUUGCAUGUUUUUCCCGACAGAUGGCCCAAGGCUCUUGCUGUAAAACUUCAAAUGCUCCAGUAAAACCAUCUUUCCUUAACAGCACACGCCUCGUGCCUCUCUGCUGCGCUCGUCCCCCGAGCGGGGCCGUAACGCCUGGCUCGUGGUGAAGGGAGAGUAUUCGAAGACACGGAGGUUUUCCAGUGAUGCCAGCCUCCUGGUCUGGUCGUGGAGCACGCCUCACCAUUUGCAGAAAGAACCCGUUCUUGCCAAAUACUGGAAGUGGAAUCUCCUACGAAAGAUCCGAACAAUCGUGGUUCACUCAUGCUCCCCCCGUUCCCUUCAGCCCUUCCUGGACCGAGGCUGGGAGCACGUUAAGUGCUGUCACGCCGGGAGUCGGGCCACGGACACAAUGAGCAUGUGGGCCGUGUGUCAAGACUGCUGAAUUCUCUCUCCCCUUUUUUCUGAACCACUGAGGUCAAGCGCUCGAAUUUCGUUAGCCACGGAGGGGCGCCGAAGGUGUGAUUCCAGCUCGUAAUCCUAUGCUGGUACCUCCCGCGUUCUGUUACCCGCCGCGUCCCGUGUUCCCGGUCUCUAGUUCCAGCCAGCCCGACUUAGCUCGUUCUGCUCUUACCUGUGAUUGUGGUAACACGAGCUUAACGUGAAACCUACCACGAGUGACCUCGGCACUCCGUGUUGCAUGACCAUCUCCAGAACAUUCUUGUCUCCCGAAAGGAAAUCCCCUGUGCACUCGCAGUCGCUCCCUUGCCCACCCCCCAGGGCCCUGCAAACACCGGUCCGUGUUCUGCGUCUGUGGGUCACCGACCCGCGGCGUUCCCUGUAAAGGAAAGGCUACGACAUGCGGCCUCUGGAGUCUGGAUUGUCUCCACUCGGCAUAAAGUUUUCAAGUCAAUGCUGCAAUGUUGUGUCUUAGGACUCGUCACUGCUUUCUUCUGAAGCAGGAGUGGUAACGUGGCGUGUCUGGGACGCAUGCAGGAUGGUGACCGCUCAGCGAGGGGACCAACCGAGAGGCGGCCACCUUCUGGGUGUGGUCAAUGGGUGUCCUCAGUGGGAAGCUACGUGGCACAGUGUCUAGUUAGGGCCCGGGACUGAGGAAUGACAGAGUUGUUUGGGUAUUCUGGGGGGAGAUUUUCAGCAAUUGGCCUCACCCCAGACGACUGUUUCAUCAUUAAGUUGACAAAACAAUUUUGAACAAAGAAUGGUGUGUUAAAAAACAAGAAAGUUAAGGCUUGACCCUUUUAUGGUACUGUUUUCCCAUAAGAGUCCUUAAAAAAUAUUGUAAUAAUCUUGUUUCCAUGUUUACUCAAGUGCAUAGUGUAAUUGAGGUGACGCGUUUCCAAGUGCAGGCAAGAGGCAGGGUUGUCUUCUCCCAAGAAACCGGACCAAAUAAACCCGUCAUAUCACAUAAUUUAAUCACCACCCGCAUGUGUCUGACUUUGCCGAGACCUCCUAUUUACACCCCCCCCCCCACCGGGGCCCCAGGGAGGUGGUCGAUGUG